UGUGUAAGUGCUUUGGGUACAUCAAUUUUGACUAUUUUUAGCUUUUCUAUUGCUGAUUUCACUGUACAAUUCCAGGAUGGACGUGUAAAUGCUUUGUACUCUACUCCAUCUGUUUACACAUCUGCAAAAUUUGCUACAAAUAGUUCCUGGCCAGUCAAGACUGAUGACUUUUUUCCCUAUGCAGAUCGAGUAAAUGCUUACUGGACGGGAUAUUUCACAAGUAGGCCAUCCAUUAAGUACUUUGUCAGAAUGAUGAGUGGUUAUUAUCUGGCAGCAAGGCAGCUGGAGUUUUUCAUUGGAAGGAGUAGCACAGGCUCAAAUACAGAUUAUUUGGCUGAUGCCUUAGCAAUUGCUCAACAUCAUGAUGCAGUUACCGGUACAGAAAAGCAGCAUGUGGCAAAUGAUUAUGCAAAACGACUGUGGAUAGGCUAUAAGGAGGCAGAGAAGUUAGUGGCAUCUGCACUUGCUUGCUUAGUGGAGUCCACUCCAUAUUCUGAAUGUGGUAACCCAACCGCAAAGUUCCAGCAGUGCCCCCUCCUGAAUGUAAGCUAUUGUCCUGCAUCAGAACUUGAUCUAUCUCAAGGAAAAGAUUUGGUUGUUGUUAUCUACAAUUCUCUUGGAUGGACUAGGAGGGAUAUCAUACGAAUACCUGUGAGUGCCACCACAUUUCAUUGA